AUGGGAGGCUUAGAGAAGAUUUAUAAACGGCUCUUUAGAGUCUACGAUGAAGAGAAACUCUUCAAGGCGUACCAAUGUUACCUAUCAACAACCGCAGGUCCCAUCGCAGGCUUACUUUUCAUCUCAUCGAAGAAGAUUGCUUUCUGCAGCGAGAGGUCGAUCAAGGUGGCUUCUUCUAAGGGAGAUCUCAUCAGGGUUCACUACAAAGUGUCAAUCCCUUUGUGCAAUAUCAAGGGAGUGAACCAGAGUAUCAACUCGGAGAAGCCAUCUCAGAAGUACAUCCAAGUAGUCACGGUCGAUGACUUCGACUUCUGGUUCAUGGGAUUUUUGAGCUACCAGAAAGCUUUCAACUGUCUCGAGCAAGCGCGUUCUCUGAGCUUCGAGCAAUAA